CUAGCAGCGGCCGCUCCCCGGGGGCGCAGACAGCAGCGAGGAAGGGUCCCGUGUCCCGUCUCCGCAGAUGCUGCCCGGCCCGCCGGCCUCCGGUUCCCGCUGUGUGCUCCUCGCUCCCCGGACCCGGGCUGCCGCAAUGCCCGGCAUCAGGGCGCUGGCGGCUCUGCUGCUGGUGGCAGAGUUAUGCAUUGUUUCAGCUAACACUAAUAGAACAGAGACAUUGCUGACCCCAACUGGACAGCAAAAUGCAUCGGAAAGCAAUCCAUUCUUGAAUCGGAGUUCGUCAGCACCCAUGCCAGAAAUGCUCUCCGAGGUGGGAACUGAACCCUCGCCGGCCUCCGUGGGCCCCACCUUCACCUCUCCUCUCUCGGGGACAUCUACGGGUGUGACGAUCAUGACUAACGUCAGUUGGUCCCCAGUGACAGCGACUGAAGGCACCACAGACAUCCUCCCAGGAUCAACUCCACAAACCACAUCCUGGGCCUCCUCCACUGAAGCUGGGUGGAAUAGUAUCAACGAGGCGGGGAUGAGUUCUGGUUCUGUCCCCAGCACGAGUACAUCUUCAACAGCGCAGGCCAACACCACAGAGGGAACCAGCAGCACGACUGUAGAUCAGACCACCGCUUCAACGCAGGCCGCCAAUGACAGCAGCACUGACUCGCCAUCGGACAGCACCGCAGUUUCAACCGAGUCAACCGAUAAUGGUACGUCUGAAUUAACGCCAGUGCCCACCGAUGUAUCACAGCCAACCAAUGCCUAUACUACUGAGUCGUAUUCACCUACGGCCAAUAAUUCCACUCCAUCCCUGAACUCAACAAGUGAGCUUAGUACAUGGCAGUCAACGCCAGCCUUGACCCCGUCUGCCAGCGAUGCCGGCACUUCACCAACGACGGCAACCACAGCGCAAUCAACAGGCACGAGCGAACAGCAAUCGCCCACUGCUCCAAGUCAGGCAAACAACGCCACACACGUGACCGAGACGGAGGGCAGCACAUUUGUGCCAGAGACCGCGGGCACCGCCGGUGGAACGGCAACAUCUGACGCCGUGGCCACCUCUGCCUCUCCUUCCACCGCCCCACGCCCGCCCAGCUCUGCCGUCCCAGGCCUGACCACAGAGACCAGCCCUCUCUCAAACAACAGGCCCAGGACACAGCAAGCAGCAGGAAGCCUGAGCACAGGAAGUGUGGUGGGCAUCACUGUAGCGGUCAUUGUGGCAGUCUUGCUGCUGAUUGGAGCAGCUGCCUACUUUAAGAAGAGACGCUCAUCAUAUGGCCGGUUACUGGAUGACCAGGAGAACGGGUCCUGGGAGAAUUACAACAACCCACUGUACGAUGACAACUAAUAGAGUGGACGAGAGGCACAGACUGACCACCCCGGCUGGAGGACCUGCCCACCUUCAAUCAGCUACUGACUGAUCGCCCACAACAUGGCCAAACCUCGGAGCUGUCAGCUUCCCCACCUUGGUCACUCUGCUUUCAAACUGCUGCUUCAGCCAGUAUCACUCCAGCAUCGCCAACACCAACCCGACACACUCCCCCCCAACUCAACCCAACCCAACCCAACCCAACCCAACCCCACCCAACCCAACCCAACUCAACCCAACCCAACCCAAC